AUGGACGUUGGGGAAGGGUCCUCGCACGGGGAGAACAAUUGCCUUGUGGACAGCAUGCUGCAAUGUCUAGCUGCAGCUGAUGUGCUUCCAGAAGAAGUACUGCUUUGCGCGGAGACGCGGCAAGCAAUGUGUGCGGCGGCACGAGCGAGACUGGUGGCGCAGGCGGACGUCAGGCUGCGCCCGCAGCGGCUGGAUGCGUGCGGCGUGCGGGACAGUGGCGCGACUGCAGCGGAGCACGAGUGUGCACACCUGCAGCAUCAUCUGCACGCAGAGCCCGUGCUGCGGAGCAUCAUGGCGGACUGUGCCAAGGUGGAGUGGCCGGACAUAGAGCUCACGGUGUAUGCAGCGGGGGACUCCGUACACCGGUGCCCAGACCGAGUCCUGUUGGCAGGUGCUGGACAGCCUGCAGAGAAGCUCCGGCUAAGUUUGUUCAGUCGCGCGGAUGCAGACGGCAACGGGUGGCACUAUGACCCGCUCUUUGAAGGCAGAGUCAGUGCAGAGCUGGAUGUCGCGGAGGAGGCGGCCCCUACGUUCGAGCACAAAGAACCUGCAGGAGGCGAAGCAGGAGAGGACGAGGCGGUUGUCAGCCUGGCACUCAUGGGCGCGCUGGAGGAAGCUGUGGAGCACACCGUCGCUGGGAGGAUGAUCUCCAUGUCCGGGCAGGCAUACACAUGUGCCACGGCGGACGUGCUGGAUGCGCGCCUGCGGGAAGUGCAUGCGGGCGACUUGGCGGCGGCUGUUGCGGCUCGGUCGCGCUUGAAGGGGGUCAGCAGCGAGGCGCACCUGGCGGUGUACCGGCUGUGCCUGCAGGAGCUGGCGCGCAGGUCGCCCCCACAGGCGAGCGCAAGCCAGGAUCGCGCCUGCUUGCGCAGCUACUGCGAUCAAGUGUGCACGGCCCGGACGCUCAUGUGCUUUGUGUGCGCGUGCCGAUUUGCGGGCGUGGAAGAGGAGGCGGAUCAGGACAUCCAGCGGUACCGCGCGGCGGACAUGCGCGGUUUGCUGGAACUGCUCUCGUUCACGACGUACAUGGAGAAGUAUGGCAAUCUUUGGCCGAGCGGGCCGGACUUGCGCGGCAACGAGGCUGCUUUCCGUGAGUGGCUCAGAGGGUUCGAGGGCACGCUUCUGUUGUGCUGUCCGGAGGAUGUAGAUUGCGCAGCGCACGAUCUUGCAGCGUUGUCCAACGACCUGUGGACGGGGUACUUGCCUGUGGAGAUCUACACCCAGGCGGCCACAGUGUGCGAACUGAUUGCGGCCUCGCCGUGCCUCACCGGCAUGUUUUGUUUCUCCCUAGAGUACCACCGUGCAAGCAGCGUCUACGACGCAACGGCGUACAUGCCUCGCCACCGGCUCGGGGCGCGCGGCAAUGUGACGUCGUAUCCACUGCCCUGGCUCGACCUCUUAGCGCAGCUCGGGAUGGAAGCUGGCAACAGUGUAGCGCUGCCAAGGACUGGCGUGGAGCUCGCAGUCUUACUGCGGACAGGUGGUGGGCUAGGGGAGGCGGACGCAGGGAGAUUCUUGCAUCAGGCACGGGUUCGGCGGGCCGUUGUGCUGGCCUUGAUCUGUGGAGCUGUGGCGCGGAAGCACACUGCGUAUGCAAACGUGGACUUGGAAGCGGCCAUGACUCGGGCUGCAGGUCUGCCGGAGGAUGGGGUGCCUCCAGAAAUCGUGCGGCUGCUGGACCCGGAUCGGAACAUCAGUCGCCUGCGUCCGCAGAAAGCGGCAACGCCCGCCGAUGGGUGUCACCUGGAAGCGGAAGACGCGGCGCGGCAGCUGGCAGAUGUGCGCCCCCACGCAGUGUUGCUUGAAAACAGCAGCGCGUUGGAGGAGGAUGCCGUCGCGCAGGACAUUGCGGCCUGGCGCUUGCCCGACUUGGUGCAUCACGGUACAACGACGCGGUACAGGCGGGAAGCGUCGGCGCCAAUCAUCGACUUCCCGCGCUGGGCUCGCGCUGUGAGUCGACGCGCAGAAAGCCAAUUUGCGCGCGACUGGCUGCUACUGUUUGCGCUGUGGAACUACAGUUUUCGCGCGCAAGUGAACUUGAGCCGUGGACUGGUUGCGUACGUGCCUCGUGGGCUGCCCAGUCUCACAAGUGAGGAGCUGACAGAGGGCGCCUUGCAUGGUCAGUACCGUGCAGGGCCGGACGCGCCGUUGCAGCCGGUCGCUGGGGACGUAUCGAAGCUGCGCGUGGUGCCGGAGCUACCUUGCGCCGCGCGCAUUCUGCUGCAAAACGUGCAGCACGUAUCAGCGAAGAUUCCAGGCACCGUCGAGGUGAGGAAGCUCAUGCGACACGAGACGCACGCGUACCGGAUCAUUUACGGGAGCGACCCUGUCGUGGAAGCGGACGAGGACGCGCGGCAGUGGGGCGGAGAACGCCAGCCCGUGCUGGGCACAGCUGUGACAGAGGCAACGGCAGGCUUGCUCCCUGCCUUUGAAGCACGGCGUCACCUGGCGGCGGCGGACCCGCUGUCAGUGGUGGAGGCCUUUCACUUGCAACUGCGGCUGUGUCUGCGACACUUGUUUGGCAUCAACAUCUGCAAGAACUGCCCGCGAUGCAACUGCAUGUCCGAAGAUGGCAGCGUCGCAUCCUUGCGCCUUGGAAUUUUUGGGCGGGUGACAGCGGUGUAUGCGGCGCUGGAACACCAGCAGCGUGGCCGGAGCCCGGCACUCGUGUCCAUGCCGACGUAUCUGCUGGAUGGCGACGCGAGCGACGCGUCUUGGGCUGAAGCGUUCCGGGCCGACGUGCAAAGGAUUCAGGAAAUCUGUAGCGAGGCGGUGGUGCUUUGUCCCGGCUUGGCUCGGGCAUUCAAUCUGCCGUUCCAAGGCCGUAGAAACUUAGUAGGUGCUCUCGUGGGGCCGCGCAAUAAUGAAUGGGUGAACGGCACCCAUCCGGCACUGACCGCUGCGCUGCGGGCGAACACGGACGUCCAGCUUCCGUAUCGACUCCCGCCUUGCAAGGAAACCCACAGCAGCCUGUGCGAUGAGGCCAGCUGCCUGGACGGGGUAGAUCUGCAAAGCGUCAUAACCGCCGCGCAGCACGCGCAGAACGCACAGUGUGGAUACGCUGGGGACUACGGCAGCAUUGCGGCGGUUCCUGUUGGACGCGUAUGGGCGGGGAAUUGUGCGCAGCGCGCCGGAAGUGGUGAACCUGCUAACGCGGCAGGGGGGCCGGCAGAGCGGCCGCAACGGCAGUACCUGCAAGUAGACUGGCGAUCUCGGCGACGCUGCUCGAUGACACUGCGGCGCAUGGACAUCCUCUACGGCUGUUGCGGGACGCGGCGCGAGUGGGUGCGCUACUGGAGAGUGGAGCUGGCUCGCUACCGCGCGCCGGCGGAAGGCGUCGCGAAGGGGCAAACAGUGUUGCACGCAGAUCUGACGGCGAGCGGGCGCGCAAAGUCGGAGGGCCUCGAGGCAGGUGUGGACUACCGUGUGCGGGAAGGCGGCGGCGAAGAUUGGGUGCCUUUCCCGGACUUGCCAGAGACUGAGCGCUUUCGUCAUCAGUGGGUCAUGGUCCGUCGGACGCGUCCGGUGGUUCCCGUGUUUUCUGGAGCCCCCUUGCCGAAAGUGAGCAGCUCCGAAAGAACGUGCAGGCUACUCAUGGCGUACUUUCAUCCUUGGACUUUGCUGGAGCACUGCGCUGCAGAGGGCUGCCCCCUGGCGUCGCAGCUGCGGGGCAGUGCCGCUUCCUGGGCGACAGCGUUUGCCAACUGGCAGCGUCGCGGGGCCAGCAGUGUGGAGCAGCAGCGGUACGCGCAGAACUUCCUGAAUGUCACACGUUCGCGCCCCGGUGGGAGCGCGGUCGACUCGGACGAAGUUGAGUCCUUUAGCGACGAGGAAGUCACGCUCACCCAACAGGAACUACCGGUCGCGUUGGAGACACAUGUGAGCGGCAGAGCUGCGGCACCUGGUGCGACGAGUGGCGCUGAGAAAGUGUCGCACUGGACAAAUUCGACGAACGCCAUGGCCCGCGCGCAGCAAGUGUGGGGUGGUGAGACACAGCGCGGCCGAACAGAGCGGAGGGGAGAGCAGGGGGGACCCGAGGCUCUGCGUGCAGCCGAGCAGCAGCUGGAGGCAGCAAAGAAGAGCAAGCGGCCGGCGGCGUGGGAGGCAGAGGGCGGCGGAAGAGCAUGCCCAAGGGCGGGAGAUGUGCGAGUGCACCCGCUGCCGUUUCAGGAGGAUCUGGAAGCAUGGCUGGGCCAGCAAGAAGGCCUAGCGGCGGAACAGCACGAGUUUCUACGCGUAGUGGUGGAGCAGUUGCGCAAAGGACUGCCCCGAAAGCAGCGCGUCCGCGGGAAGCAGCCUGUCCGAGGCUGUCCGGGAGAGCCUCUUCGGUGGCUGUUGCACGGCAGGCCAGGGGUCGGGAAAUCGUUCGUGCUGGGAAAGCUCCGCGAGCUCUUCGAAAAGGUCAUGGGCUGGCAGGCCGGCGUCCAGUUUGCGUUCGUAGCCUUGCAAGUGAGCAACGCGGCGCAGCAGGAAGGGCAAACCUGCCACAGCUUUUUUGGGCUGAACAAGUUCGGGGAACCUGUGGAGUUGGGUCCGGGAGCUCUGCAAGAGAAGCAGCGCAGCUUCCAGCGCCUCGAGUGGGUCGUUGUGGACGAGGUCUCCAUGCUGUCAGCAUCGUUUCUGGCGGUCAUGGAGAGGCAGGCGCGGACACUGCGACCAGAGCGCGGCUCCUCGAAGCUGACAAACAGCGAGCGACCGUGGGGCGGCCUGAGCAUGGUUCUGGCAGGGGAUUUUCAUCAACUCGACCCGCCGGACAACGGGCGAAGCUUGUGCAGCAUACCUGCCUUGAUCUGGGACAAGGGUGACGGGUAUGGCCUGCGCGGCGUCACGGAGAUGCAGACGCCGCAGCGGUGCCGCGAUGCCUGGUGGCUGGACUUGCUAGAGCAGUGCCGCUUCGGGCGCCUCUCGGAGGAGAACCACAAGUUCUUGCACGGGCUGCCGACGGACGUCCCAGGCAGUUUCGUGAACGGGCAAGUGCUGUGUGGGAAGAGGGAGUGCGCCGCGUUAUGCGGCACGGCCUGCCUGGAGCAGGAGUGCACGGCGUGUCAGCUGGAGAGAAAGCGGCGGCGCCUGGUGGCAAGCGGCCCCACGGACGGUCGCUUCACAGGCAAGUUCAAAGAUGCUCCCCUGAUCGUCGCCAAUAAUGAUGUCAAACACGAGGCAAACAAGAUUCGUGCGCAGGACUACGCAAGGCAGACAGAUCAGGCGGUGAGAUGGUGCGCAUCGCAAGACAGGGCAGACUGCGCGGCCCUUGCGACAGACCCAGACCUGCGCAAGCGCAAGCUGGCUUGGCUUACAUACCACGAUCGCAAGACAGGGAGCCUUCCUGGCGUGCUGCCGCUAGUGCAGGGGCUGCCCAUCAGCUUGUGCGAUCGCAUCGACAGUGACGAGAGCGAGGCAGCCGUUUUGUCCAAGUCGGCGGCGGCGGUGGUUGUCGAGUUUCCGGACGCGUCGUGGCAAGUCUGUCCAGACUUGGCCGCGGGGCAGUACCCGCUGGGCCCGCAAACCGUCCGGUGGUCGGUCGACACGGCAGCGCCAGGAAGGAAGCCGGUGCUAUGGGUGCGGAGAUCGCAGAUUCCCCUCCGCCCGGCUUUGGCGCUCACUGCGCACGGUGCGCUUGGACUGACGCUGGAGAAAGCUAUCGUCGACCUACAGCUGAGCGCGGAGAUGUCCAGCGUAGGGAGCUACGUCGCGCUGUCGCGGGUACGCCGCGCGGAGGACGUCCUGAUUUUUCGGGCGUUUGCGCGCGGUCUGCUUGCGCGCGGCCCUGCGCCGGGCCCUGUUGUGUUGCUGAAGUGGCUGUCAGGAGAACCAGUCGACUGGUCCGUGCUAGACACGACAGACGGCGGAACGAAGGUCCUUGGGGGGGGCUAG